AUGGCAUUUUCAAGUAUUCAUGCAACAUCUCGAAAGAGAACAGAACCACAGCAGGACGAGGUUGAAGCCAGUUCCAUCUUGGUCUCUCUCGCGAAUCAUCAUCAUCAUCACAACGCUAAAAAGCUAAAGACGAGCACCCAAUCAAUGUCUAUUCACAACCUACUCGAAUCUGGCCAGCAGGAUUCACCUGGCGAAACACAGCAUCCAGUUACUCCACCUGCUUUCUCGAACGCACGCAUGCAAAUGUCACCUGAAAAGUACAUUGGGCAGAGUAUGCAUCCAAAAGCUCAAAUGACGAUACAGCACAAUCAAAAGCCGCAGUUUCAACGGCCAGCUAACAAUGAUAAACGCAAUUCCCAUCCUGCUCAACAACAGCAAGGUUCAUACAAUCGCAUGCCCAGUCAGUAUGCUCAGUAUCAUUCGCCACCCAACUCGACAAUGGAUUGUUCGAAGCAAUCCUCGAAAAUGAAAUGCAGCCCCAAGAUCCGACGCAAUGCUCUUCAAGCUUACAUCAGCUAUAUGACCUAUACAGACAUAAGACGCAGGCGAAUGGGAAAAGCUAUGCACCAACAAAACACAAUUUCUCCUGUAUCGUCACCAUAUAAUAAUACAUUGAUGAAGCCUGAUCCAUAUGCUUCUCAAUUCCGACAUCCUCCUCAUCAACAUCAACAACAACUUGCUUCUCCACCCUACCACCAUCAACAGCAACAUCAUCAGCCUCCUCCCCUUCCAUCUUUCAAUCCGUAUCAACAGAAGCAGCUCCACUCUAAUCCACCACCACAUGAUACGAGACGUCCAUCAUACCCAUCGCAACAGCAACAACCAUUAUCUCCUCCACCCCCUUCGCCUAAUCAGAGAAUCUCGGCACAAACAAAACCUCCUUCGUCCUCUGCUGCCUCUCCCCCCUUAGACAAACGCACGUCGUCUCCACCUGCAAGUAAAGUAAUCGUGGAUCAGCCAUUGACCGCAUUUCUCCAUCAUAAUUGGCCAUUGGUUGCAAACAGCAGAUCUCCACCCUCUCCUGCGUCCAUCGCUCAACAACAGCUUCCAUAUCAUCGCGGCAGUAAUAUAGCAACACCUUAUCCUAUUGCCAGACAACACAAUAGUGCAUUUCGUUGA